AUGGUAGAAAUAGCACCAGAAAACGAAAAGUUGUUCGAAUGGAGUUUUAAGUGUGAAACCAAAUAUAUCACAGAUUCAAAAGUAUGCUAUACUAUAAAUUGGAAGGAAGGACGUGUAGAUUGGAAUAUUAGUAGCACAAAAUCCUCUACGGCAGUUACUAAUUUGUUUUUACAGAUUUCUUCACGAUCACAACAAAACAAAAGACUUAAUAGCUUCGGAAGAGAUGUGCAGAAAGCAAUUGAUGAACUAAUUAUCAAACAUAAAUUGACAAACUUAUCUGGAGAACCAAUUGUCCAUUUAUGUUAUAUUGAACUUGAUUAUAAAGAAGACCAGCAGGCUUAUAUUAAAUUCAAAAAUCCAAAUAAUUCUUCUGCAAUUCAAACAAGAGUUGAUGCUAUUGUACGUUUUUGUGAUGAAGCAGUCUUAGGUCGUGAUGGAUAUAGAAAUUUAGCUGCAGUUGUUCCAACUCUUUUUCGUGAAUAUUUGUUUGCUAAUCGUCUAAAUGAAAUGAACGAACUUAUGAAUAUGCAAAUUCAUAUAGGAAUUUUUAAUAUAGAUAACGAAAUUAAUAAUCAAUCUAAUAUUGAUAAUAAUAUUAAUAAUAAUGUUAAUGAUAUUUUAGUAGAUGAUCAUGAAAUAGUAAAUGGUGCAUUUCGUUCUAUUUUAGAUAUACUUAAAAUAUUAAUACCCAUUUGGAAAGCAGGACAAAAUCCUGUAAUAUUUCCAGGAGAUACUCUUUAUAUCAAAAUAGGUGGUGAUGGCAGAAAUGUGUGA